AUGCCUUCUGGACUUCUUGGCUUAACUGCCGAGAUUAUCGCAACUAAAGGUGAUCCAAAACUCAAACAACUAAGAGACCAGAGGAAGGAACUGGAGGAGCAAGAAGCAAAAAGAAGAGAAAAAUUAGAAAAGGCGAAGAAGGACAAGUCAAAAAGUUUCAAGCUUACCCGAAAAUCAACAAUUGAUCAAAAAACAGGGGAAAAGAAAGAUAGUAUAGGGUAUCUUUACAAGGAUAACAAGGGAAGAGAAGUUCGCCACGGUAAUGAUGGCAACGGUGAUGAGGAAUACCAUGACGAUGAGUAUCGUGAUUUCGAUGCUAGCCGGAGAGUUGAACUAAGACAAGAUGAUAGAUCAAGACGAGAUGAUGAAUCAAGCCACGGUGGUGGAUCAAGACGAGAUGGUGAAUCAAGACGAGAUGGUGAAUCAAGACGAGAUGGUGAAUCAAGACGAGAUGGUGAAUCAAGCCACGGUGGUGGAUCAAGACGAGAUGGUGAAUCAAGACGAGAUGGUGAAUCAAGCCACGGUGGUGGAUCAAGACGAGAUGGUGAAUCAAGCCACGGUGGUGGAUCAAGACGAGAUGGUGAAUCAAGCCACGGUGGUGGAUCAAGACGAGAUGAUAGAUCAAGACGAGAUGAUAGAUCAAGGCGAGAUGUGUCACCAUCAGAACGGACAGAGAAGAGUUCGUGGACAGGACAUCGAUCAGAUCUAACGUUACGGCAAUCUGAUGUAGGUAGAAGUAGCAGAUCAGGCAAAACAUCAAAGACUAAGGAUAAGGAGCCUGCCGAUAUAGAAAGAAGAAGGAAAGAAGAAUUUGAAGAGGCCUUAAGGCGCAUGGAACCUGAUCCCGACCUUGAAGAAUAUGCGGAAUCUAUACUGCCGCCGCCACCAAGUGUUACAUCCAAAAUCGUACUCGAUCCCACAAAGGAAGGUAGAAAUAUCGGUAUUGUCAAGGAUAGACACGACCCUAAGCGGAACGGCCAAACCUCAAACAGUAGUCAACCACGUGAGGAUCCUGGGAGACGCAAGAUAGAAGAUAGUAUUAGAAGAGCUGAGCCUCCCUCGACAAUCAGGAAAAGUGAUACUCGUUCCGAGAGACCCGAGAAACGCGAGAAAGACAGAAAUGGUGAUUCUCGUUCCGAGAGACACGAGAAACGCGAGAGACACAGUGAAAAGACUGGGCCUCCCUCAACAGCCAGGGAAAGUGAUACGCGUUCCGAGAGACUCGAGAAACGCGAGAAAGACAGAAAUGGUGAUUCUCGUUCCGAGAGACCCGAGAAACGCGAGAAAGACAGAAAUGGUGAUUCUCGUUCCGAGAGACCCGAGAAACGCGAGAAAGACAGAAGUGGUGGUUCUCGUUCCGAGAGACACGAGAAACGCGAGAAAGACAGAGGUGCUCGUUCCGAGAAAAGUAGCAAAACAAGUUCUUCGUCAAGAAGUUCAAAGUCAGAAGCUACACAUCAGAGUAGUCAGUAUGAUGAGGAAUCUGAUUCCGGAAACGAAACUGAGGUUCCAAGGCCACCUAAAUCUAGUCACAAGCGUUCACAUAGGUCUCACAGAUCCAAUUCCAGGGACAGGUCCCCCAGUAGAGCGAGUCAAAUAAGUAGAAAAACAGACAGGAGAAUGAUAGAAGCGCCAGAAGAUGAUGGUAGGUUCUAUUAUGAGUGA